UGCGCAUGAGCAGAGGCGCCUCCCUGGGUUCCUCCCAAGGCUAAACUUUCUAAUUCCCUUCUUUGGGCUCGGGAUUCCCGGAGCCGAGCAGACGCUCGCAGCGCCGAAGGAAGACGCGAAGAAAAGGCAAGCGGCUCGGCGCCGUGAGUCCCCCGGGCUGCGGGACUGGCUAUGGGGCGGCUCCAGGUGUUGGUCUUCAAUUUCUUAGCCCUGUGCGGAACUGGAGUGCACGCUCAGGACUCUCAGGAACCGGAGUUCAGCUAUGGCUGCGCCGAGGGCAGCUGCUACCCAGCCACAGGCGACCUUCUCAUUGGCCGAGCCCAGAAGCUGUCGGUGACCUCCACGUGUGGAUUGCACAAGCCCGAGCCCUACUGUAUUGUCAGCCACCUGCAGGAGGACAAAAAAUGCUUCAUAUGCAAUUCCCAAGAGCCUUAUCAUGAAACCCUCAAUCCUGACAGCCAUCUCAUUGAAAAUGUGGUUACUACAUUUGCUCCAAACCGCCUUAAGAUUUGGUGGCAAUCCGAAACCGGUGUGGAAAAUGUAACUAUCCAACUGGAUUUGGAAGCAGAAUUCCAUUUUACUCAUCUCAUCAUGACUUUUAAGUCAUUCCGUCCCGCUGCGAUGCUGAUUGAGCGAUCCUCUGACUUUGGGAAAACCUGGGGUGUGUACAGAUACUUCGCCUAUGACUGUGAGAGCUCUUUCCCUGGCAUUUCCACCGGCCCCAUGAAGAAAGUCGAUGACAUCAUCUGUGACUCCCGAUACUCCGACAUCGAGCCUUCCACAGAGGGAGAGGUGAUAUUUCGCGCUUUAGAUCCUGCUUUUAAAAUAGAAGAUCCUUACAGCCCGAGGAUACAGAACCUGCUAAAAAUCACCAACUUGAGAAUCAAGUUCGUGAAGCUGCAUACCUUGGGAGAUAACCUUCUGGAUUCCAGAAUGGAAAUCAGAGAAAAGUACUACUACGCAGUGUACGAUAUGGUGGUUCGAGGAAACUGCUUCUGCUAUGGCCAUGCCAGCGAGUGCGCCCCUGUGGAUGGGUUCAGCGAAGAAGUGGAAGGGAUGGUGCACGGGCACUGCAUGUGCCGGCAUAACACCAAGGGCCUCAACUGUGAGCUGUGCAUGGAUUUCUACCACGAUUUACCUUGGAGACCCGCUGAAGGUCGCAACAGCAAUGCCUGUAAAAAGUGCAACUGCAACGAGCACACCAGCUCUUGUCACUUUGACAUGGCGGUUUUUCUGGCCACCGGAAACGUCAGCGGGGGAGUGUGUGACGACUGCCAGCACAACACCAUGGGCCGCAACUGCGAGCAGUGCAAACCGUUCUACUACCAGCACCCAGAGCGGGACAUCCGGGACCCCAACGUCUGUGAACGGUGUACGUGUGAUCCGGCUGGCUCUCAGAAUGGAGGCAUCUGUGACAGUUACACUGAUUUCUCCACUGGGCUCAUUGCCGGCCAGUGUCGGUGCAAAUUACACGUGGAAGGAGAGCACUGUGAUAUUUGCAAAGAAGGCUUUUAUGACUUAAGUGCUGAGGAUCCCCUUGGUUGUAAAUCUUGUGCGUGCAAUCCUCUGGGAACGAUUCCUGGUGGGAAUCCUUGUGAUUCUGGGACUGGUGCUUGCUACUGUAAGCGUCUGGUGACAGGACAGCAUUGUGACCAGUGUCUGCCACAGCACUGGGGUUUGAGCAACGAUUUGGAUGGCUGUCGGCCUUGUGACUGUGACGUCGGGGGCGCACUAGAUGACAGCUGCUCCCCAGUGUCUGGCCAGUGUUCCUGUCGGCCUCACUUGAUUGGACGGCAGUGCAGCGAGGUGGAAUCGGGGUAUUACUUCACCACCCUGGACCACUACAUCUAUGAAGCGGAGGGAGCCAGCCUGGGGCCCGGCGUCACUGUGGUGGAGCGACAGUACAUCCAGGACCGCAUUCCCUCCUGGACUGGAGCUGGCUUCGUCCGAGUGCCUGAGGGAGCUUACUUGGAGUUUUUCAUUGACAACAUCCCCUAUUCCAUGGAGUAUGAAAUCUUAAUUCGCUAUGAGCCACAGCUGCCUGACCGCUGGGAAAAAGCUGUCAUCACGGUGCAGCGGCCUGGGAAGAUUCCAGCCAGCAGCCGGUGUGGCAACACUGUUCCCGAUGAUGACAACCAGGUGGUGUCUUUAUCGCCAGGCUCCAGAUACGUUGUCCUUCCCCGUCCUGUGUGCUUUGAGAAGGGUCUGAACUACACGGUGCGGCUGGAGCUGCCCCAGUACACCUCCUUUGACACUGAUGUGGAGAGCCCGUACACGCUCAUCGACUCGCUCGUGCUCAUGCCGUACUGUAAGUCCCUGGACAUCUUCACCGUGGGCGGCUCAGGAGACGGGGUGGUCACCAACAGUGCCUGGGAAACCUUCCAGCGGUACCGGUGCCUGGAGAACAGCAGAAGCGUGGUGAAGACGCCGAUGACGGAUGUGUGCCGGAACAUCAUAUUCAGCAUCUCUGCCCUGCUGCACCAGGCCGGCCUGGCUUGUGAGUGUGACCCUCAGGGCUCCUUGAGUUCUGUGUGUGACCCCAAUGGAGGCCAGUGCCAGUGCCGGCCCAAUGUGGUCGGAAGAACUUGCGACAGGUGUGCUCCUGGAACCUUUGGCUUUGGGCCCAGUGGAUGCAAACCCUGUGACUGCCACCUGCAAGGCUCCGUCAGUGCCUUCUGCGACGCGAACACUGGCCAGUGCCCCUGUUUCCAGGGGGUGUACACUCGGCAGUGCGACCGAUGUCUGCCUGGCUACUGGGGCUUUCCGAGCUGCCAGCCCUGCCAGUGCAACGGCCAUGCUGAUGACUGCGACAUUGCGACAGGGGAGUGCUUGCGGUGCCAGGACUACACCACGGGCCACAACUGUGAAAGGUGCUUGGCUGGUUACUAUGGCGACCCCAUCAUUGGAUCAGGGGACCACUGCCGCCCUUGCCCUUGCCCGGAUGGUCCUGACAGCGGACGCCAGUUUGCCAGGAGCUGUUACCAGGAUCCCGUCACUCUACAGCUUGCUUGUGUCUGUGAGCCAGGCUACAUUGGCUCCAGAUGUGAUGAGUGCGCCUCGGGGUUCUUUGGCAAUCCCUCGGACGUCGGGGGCAUGUGCCAGCCUUGCCAGUGCCACCACAACAUCGACAUGAGCGACCCAGAGGCCUGUGACAAGGAGACUGGAAGGUGCCUCAAAUGCCUGUACCACACAGAAGGAGACCACUGCCAGCUGUGCCGCCCUGGGUACUAUGGUGAUGCCCUCCGGCAGGACUGCAGGAAGUGUGUAUGCAACAUCCUUGGCACUGAGCCAGAGCACUGUGAGGGCUCUGACUGCCGCUGUGACCAGGCCACUGGCCAGUGCACAUGUCUUCCCAACGUGAUCGGGCAGAACUGCGACCGCUGUGCGCCCAAUACCUGGCAGCUGGCCAGCGGGACCGGGUGCCAAGUGUGUGGCUGCAACACGGAGCAUUCCUUUGGGCCGUCUUGCAAUGAGUUCACAGGGCAGUGCCAGUGCAUGCCGGGCUUUGGAGGCCGCACCUGCAGCGAGUGCCAGGAGCUCUUCUGGGGAGACCCUGACGUGGAGUGCCGAGCCUGUGACUGUGACCCCAGGGGCAUCGAGACGCCGCAGUGUAACCAGUCCACUGGCCUGUGUGUCUGCGUGGAGGGUGUGGAGGGGCCACGCUGUGACAAGUGCACACGGGGGUUCUCGGGGGUCUUCCCGGACUGCGCACCCUGCCACCAGUGCUUUGCACUCUGGGAUGUGAUCAUCGCCGAGUUGACCAACAGGACCCACAGGUUCCUGGAGAGAGCCAAGGCCUUGAAGAUCAGCGGCGUGAUCGGGCCUUACCGGGAGACCGUGGAUGCAGUGGAGAAGAAAGUCAAUGAAAUAAAAGCCAUCUUGGCCCAGAGCCCGGCAGCUGAGCCACUAAAAAACAUCGGGAAUCUCUUUGAGGAAGCCGAGAAACUAACCAAAGAUGUUACAGAAAAGAUGGCUCAAGUAGAAGGGAAGUUAUCUGACACGGCUUCACAAAGCAACAGCACAGCCAGGGAACUGGACUUGCUCCAGGCAGAAGCAGAAAGCCUUGACAACACUGUGAAAGAACUUGCUGAACAACUGGAAUUUAUCAAAAACUCAGAUAUUCGGGGUGCCUUGGAUAGCAUUACCAAGUAUUUCCAGAUAUCUCUUGAGGCAGAAGAGAGAGUGAACGCCUCAACCAUAGACCCCAACAGUACUGUGGAGCAGUCAGCUCUCAUGCGGGACAGAGUGGAAGACCUAAUGCUGGAGCGAGAGACCCAGUUCAGGGAAAAGCAGGAGGACCAGGCGCGCCUUCUGGAUGAACUUGCAGGCAAACUCCAGAGUCUGGACCUGUCCGCAGCUGCGGAGAUGACGUGCGGGACGCCACCAGGAGCUGACUGUUCCGAGACUGAGUGUGGUGGCCCGAACUGCAGAACCGAAGAUGGCCAGAAAAAGUGUGGGGGGCCUGGCUGUGGAGGUCUGGUCACUGUCGCCCACAGUGCCUGGCAGAAGGCCAUGGACUUUGACCGGGAUGUCCUGGGUGCCCUGGCUGAUGUGGAGCAGCUCUCCAAGAUGAUCUCUGAAGCAAAACUAAAGGCGGAUGAGGCAAAACAGAAUGCUCAGGAUGUUCUGUUGAAAACAAACGCUACCAAAGACAGAGUGGAGAAGAGCAACGAGGAGCUGAGAAACCUGAUCAAGGAGAUCCGUAACUUCCUGACCCAGGACAGCGCCGAUUUGGACAGUAUUGAAGCAGUUGCUAAUGAGGUACUAAAAAUGGAAAUGCCUAGCACUCCAGAGCAGUUACAGAACUUGACAGAAGACAUCCGUGAAAAAGUUGAAAGCCUUUCUCAAGUAGAAGUCAUUCUACAGCAGAGUGCUGCUGACAUUGCCAGAGCUGAGCUAUUGCUGGAGGAAGCUAAAAAAGCCAGCCAAAGUGCAACAGACGUUAAAGUCACUGCAGACAUGGUAAAGGAGGCUCUUGAAGAAGCAGAAAAGGCCCAGGUUGCAGCAGAGAAGGCAAUCAAACAAGCAGAUGAAGACAUCCAAGGAACACAAAACCUCUUGACUUCGAUUGAGUCUGAAACAGCAGCUUCUGAGGAAACCUUGUCCAACGCUUCCCAGCGCAUCAAUGAGCUCGAGAGGAAUGUAGAAGAACUUAAACGGAAGGCUGCCCAGAACUCUGAGGAGGCAGAAUAUAUUGAAAAAGUAGUACAUACUGUGAAACAAAGUGCAGACGAUGUUAAGAAGGCUCUGGAUGGCGAACUUGAUGAGAAGUAUAAGAAAGUAGAAAAUUUAAUUGCCAAAAAAACUGAGGAGUCGGCUGAUGCCAGAAGGAAGGCUGAAAUGCUGCAAAAUGAAGCGAAGACGCUUUUGGCUCAAGCCAACAGCAAGCUGCAAAUGCUAAAAGAUCUGGAAAGGAAAUAUGAGGACAAUCAAAAAUAUUUAGAAGAUAAAGCGCAAGAAUUAAUGAGACUGGAAGGAGAGGUCCGUUCACUCCUCCAUGAUAUAAGCCAGCAAGUCUCCAUUUAUAGCACCUGUUUGUAACAAAAGGAAGAUGGAUGGCAGACGUGACCAAAGUAAAAUACCUGCAUUUUACAAACUGACUAUGAUGUUCAAAAUAAAACUCAGUACCUAUUUAAUGUUUUAAUCACCAAAUUUUGUAUCAAGUUAAAUAAAGUAUAAUGCUUUUGUA